UCUACCAAAAUUAAGGCCCUUAAAAGGUAGUAAAAGGUAACAAACGCAAUUUGACUUGGUAGUAAAAAAAAUUUUGCUUAAUAUUUGUGUCUCCAUGCUUUAACUUCAUCUAGCAUAGUUUAAAAAUAUAUAACUUAAUCUAGCAUAGUUUAAAAAUAUCUACGGUGCUAACAGGACCCGGAGUGAGACGGAGUUGAUAGCAAUGACGUAGAAGUAAACUGUGAGUUCCGUGGUUGAUAGCCUAUCAGCGACGCAAACAACAUUUACCGCCUUUUUUUAACCUCAGUUAAUACUAGCCACUUGCCACUUUAUUUUCUACCAAACUGUGAAAUGGGUAAAUGUAAGUUCUCGCAAACCUGGGUUGACGAUCCGUUAUUUAAAGACUGGCUUAAGCCCGUCAUGGGAAAUGACCGGGAGGCAUUUUGCACUGUGUGCAAAAAAAUUAUAAAUGUUACCUGGAACGGCAUUACCGCUAUCAGGUCUCACAGUGAAUCAAAUAUUCACCAGCAGCGGAUUCGCGUGAGGGCGGAGCAGCUCCCUAUUUCGUUGUUUUGUAAUGCUACCAGCACUAACGUUACACAGAUCGCGGCAAAUCACGCAAGGUCAGCUGUCGUCGCACCACCUCUGCAGCAAACCAGUGCCACCAGCAGCACCACCACGGCAGCGAUAGCCAAACAACAACAGACCUUCCCGUCACAAACAUCAGCCCUCAGGGCUGAGGUUCUCUGGUGCCUGAACAUCGCAGCCAACCAUCAUUCAUAUAAUUCGAAUGAGGGCAUUGGGGAAUUGUUCGAAAACAUGUUCACUGACUCCGCUAUAGCCAAAAGUUUUGCGUGUGGCAAGGAUAAAACGGCGUACAUUCUUGGAUUCGGCAUUGCUCCACAUUUUAAGAAGCUUCUUAUAAAUAGCAUCAAUGAUUCCGGACAAUAUGUUCUCAUGUUUGACGAGUCUCUAAACCAGUCGGCUAAGAAGAAGCAAAUGGAUAUUCACGUUCGGUUCUGGAAAGAUGACCGCAUGACGUCUUCAUAUUUUGGGUCGCAGUUCCUUGGACAUGCAAGGGCUGAAGACUUGCUGCAAAGCAUUAAAGAAUGUGUUGCACAACUCAACUUGAGACACCUGCUGUCUGUCAGUAUGGAUGGCCCAAAUGUCAAUUUCAAGCUGCUGAAGCUCCUUCAGAACGAACAUUCAGAGCUUCAUGGGGAUGCACAACUCUUGUAG